CUUAAUUAGUUUUUCUUUCACUUUUUACUGCCUUUUCCCAUUUCUAGACUUGAAAUUUCUCAUACCUUAAAGAUUAAUUAGAGAUUAAUUAAGGAAAGUUUAACGUAUUGCGAGGCGUAAACCGUGCAAGAGAAAGUGAUUAGAGAAUUUAUAUAGUUAUGGAUGAUAAGAUUAAUGAAGGAGAGAGUAAGGUAGAUGAAGUUCUUCUUCCCGGGUUUCGGUUUCAUCCAACUGAUGAAGAACUUGUAGGGUUUUAUUUGAAGAGGAAGAUUCAACAACGUCCUCUUUCUAUUGAGCUCAUCAAGCAACUUGAUAUUUAUAAAUUUGAUCCAUGGGAUCUUCCAAAGUUUGCAUCAACCGGAGAAAAAGAAUGGUACUUUUAUUGUCCAAGGGACAGAAAAUACAGAAAUAGUGCACGGCCAAAUCGGGUCACCGGAGCCGGGUUUUGGAAAGCGACGGGAACAGACCGUCCGAUCUACUCGUCGGAAGGGAACAAAUGCAUUGGUUUGAAGAAGUCAUUGGUGUUCUAUCAAGGUAGAGCUGCCAAAGGGGUCAAGACUGAUUGGAUGAUGCAUGAGUUUCGGCUUCCUUCUCUUGGUGACUCUACACUCUUAAAAAGAUUCGUUGAUAAAACCCUUCCUACUAAUGAUUCAUGGGCUAUAUGCAGGAUAUUCAAGAAAACAGGCCCAAUAACUUCAAGAACCCAUUCCCACUCUUGGGUAUCUUCUUUACCCGACCCGACUCACCCGAACCAUUCUUCUAAUCCACUACCAUCUGGAUCUUGCAAUAACCCUAACUUUAGCCCUGAAAACCUACUAAAAACUAACUCUACUACAUCAUCUCCCAUGCAACAAUUCAGCAUCAAUGAGUUAGAGAAAUUGUUACAAUCUUCUAACAAUUUCUCAUUCUUAGAUAACAUACCAACCUUCAAACCAAUUUACCCUACAUCUAACAAUUACAAUAACGUCGAUAAUAUAACAACUAAUAACGUUACUAAUUUGUUCCCAAAUAUUGGGAACUUGUUAGAUUUUCCACCUUGCUAUACAUUGCCUCAACUCGAGGAAUCAUCUGAACCAUCAUCUAAAUCGAGCAACAUCGAUAUCUCAUCGAUGUUGCUAAACAUGUCGUCUAACAUAAACGGGGACGUGGAUUUUGGUAUGUUACCUAAUAUAAAUGUACAAUGCCAUGAUUUUGCACCGGUGACUUUGGCAGAAGAACAUAUGCAACGUGUUAACGUCGUUGAAGAUGAUGAUCGAAUUCAUGAAUAUACAUUGUUGGGAAAUUUGAAUAAUAUGUUGUAUGUUGAAGAUGAUGGUCAUCAGUGGGAUGGAAUUGAGAGCCUUGGUUCGAUUCCGAUUUCGGAGUUAUUGCCACCAUUGAUGUGGGAUUGUGCACCACCUUUGUCGUAGCAAAUUAAGUGUACGUACGUCCUAGCUUAGAGUAAGUGUAAUGGUUUUGUUAGAUCUUAAAACUUGUAAUUUCAUUUAACUAUUCUUUGUGAUCUUUCACUGAGAUUUAUGUUAGUGUUAGCUAGAGUAGAGAUUAACAAUGGUAAUGAUGAAUUAGGAGUGUAGUUAAUUUGUACGUGUGAAGAACAUAAUCUUGUUGUCUUGUACUAUGCUUAACAGGGAUUAUUUCAACCUAUUUUGACCGUUGAAAACCUGGCAAAUAUGCAUCAAUGAGAUUAUAAAAAAUUGAUUAAAAGAUA